UUUAAUGACAUUCUAUUUUUAUUCAGUAGCCAAGACCCUGGGAAGGCUUUUUUUUUUUCCUUUUUGCACAUACCGUCUGAGAAACAGUUCAUUCAAAAAUGAUGUGCCCCUGGAAACGGUUCAUGAAGAUCGGAACUGUUACAGAAAAAGUGUCUUCCAAUGAAAUGGACAUAAACAAUAAUCUGCCUAAAGACUUUGGAAAAACACACAGCAAAAUCACAAAAGAAGCAAUCGACUUCAAUGGCACGAAGCAAACAAUGGCUGAGAUUGAAUCUAUAUCAGAGAACAGAUUUCCAGAAAAAAUCAAGCAAUCGCAGAAAAGAGAAACCUGUCCUAAAUAUUUGAAACUGAAGAAUUUUGAAAAUGGAUCAAUCUUCCAGGACACGUUACACCUCAAAGCAAAGAAGAACCUCAGCUGCCAAUCUAAAAUAUGUCAGGGAUCCAUUAUGAACCCAAAGGUUUAUAUAAGAGGCCCCAGGACUGAGCCAGUGGCACAAGAGGAACUUUUGCCUCAAGCAAUUGAAUUUGUUAACCAGUACUACAGCUCCUUCAAAGAGCCUCAAAUAGAAAACCACCUCAACAGGCUGGAAACAGUGGCCAAAGAAAUAGAAUGUACCGGCACCUACCAGCUAACUAAAGAUGAGCUUGUCUAUGCAUCCAAGAUGGCUUGGAGAAAUGCACCCCGGUGCAUUGGACGAAUACAGUGGUCUAACUUACAGGUUUUUGAUGCUCGUGACUGCAAGACAGCCAAGGAAAUGUUUAAUCACCUCUGCCAUCAUAUAACUUACUCGUCCAAUAGAGGAAACAUAAGAUCUACUAUUACCGUAUUUCCUCAGAGGACCGAUGGGAAACAUGAUUUUAGAGUGUGGAACAGUCAACUGAUUCGUUACGCAGGUUUUCAAAUGCCAGAUGGAUCAAUCCUUGGUGACCCAGCCAGUAUAGAAUUUACAGAGUUGUGUAUCCAUCUUGGAUGGAAGCCAAAAUACAGUCGGUUUGAGAUCCUCCCUUUGGUGCUUCAGGCCAAUGGGCAAGAUCCGGAGUUGUUUGUGAUACCAUCAGAUAUUAUCGAUGAAGUACCAAUAGAACACCCAAAGUAUGAGUGGUUCAAGGAACUUGGCUUGAGGUGGUUUACGUUACCUGCAGUUGCCAAUAUGCUUCUUGAAGCUGGAGGUUUAGAGUUCUCUGCUUGUCCAUUCAACGGCUGGUACAUGGGAACAGAAAUUGGUGUGCGGGAUUUCUGUGACGUUCAGCGCUAUAAUGUGCUUGAGGAAGUAGGAAGGCGGCUGGGUUUAGAGACACACAAACUGGCUUCAUUGUGGAAAGACCAAGCCGUUGUGGAGCUCAACAUUGCCGUUCUAUAUAGUUUUCAGAAACACAAUGUAACCAUUAUGGAUCACCACUCUGCAGCGGAGUCCUUUAUGAAGCACCUGGAGAAUGAGUACCGGCUGCGAGGAGGUUGCCCAGCUGACUGGGUUUGGCUCGUCCCUCCGAUGUCAGGCAGCAUCACGCCAGUGUUUCACCAGGAAAUGCUCAAUUACAUUCUAAGCCCAUUUUAUUACUAUCAGAUUGAUGCUUGGAAAACUCACGUGUGGCAGGAUGAAAACCGUAAACCAAAGAAGAAGGAAUUCAAGUUUAGUGUGGUGGCAAAGUCUGUGCUGUUUGCUUCCUCACUCUUAAAGAAAACUUUGGCUGCCAGAAGAAAAGUAACCAUCCUCUAUGCAACAGAAACGGGGAAAUCGGAAACUUUUGCAAAGAAACUGCAAGCACUGUUCAGUUAUGCCUUCAAUGCCAAGGCUCUCUGUAUGGAUGACUAUAACAUCAGAAUUUUGGAGGAUGAAACCCUUUUACUGGUGGUGACAAGUACUUUCGGUAAUGGAGACUGCCCAGGAAAUGGAGAGAAAUUCAAGAAAGCAAUGUUUUCUUACAAAGAGCUAAAAAACAAAUUAAGGUAUGCUAUUUUUGGCCUUGGAUCCAGCAUGUACCCACAGUUCUGUGCGUUUGCCCAUACAAUAGACCAAAGGCUGGCACAGCUUGGUGCCACACAAAUCAGCAUUACGGGUGAAGGAGAUGAGCUCAGUGGGCAGGAAGAGGCUUUCCUAAACUGGGCAGUUCAAACAUUUAAGGCUGCAUGUGAACUCUUUAAAAUUCGAGACAGACACAACAUUCAUUUACCAAAGUGUUACACCUCAACAGAAACAUGGAAUGCAGCAAAUUAUCGUCUUGUUAAUGAUAACCAACCAUAUGACCACAUCAAAGCGCUCUGUAAAAUGCACUCCAGGAGCAUACUGCCAAUGAAACUCAGAUUUAGGCAGAAUUUGCAAAGCCCCAAGUCCAGCCGUGCCACGCUGCUUGUGAAGCUUUCCUAUGAGAAUAGCCAGGAAAUACGGUAUAUGCCAGGAGAACAUGUUGGUUUGUUUGCUGGCAAUCAGCCAGAGUUAGUAACGAGCAUAAUUGGACUUCUGAAGGAUGCGCCGCCCUGCAACCAGCAUAUCCGACUGGAGACACGGAAUGAGCAGGAAAGCUUCUGGACAAUCAGCGAAAAAAUCCCUCCCUGCUCUUUGACACAAGCAUUGACAUAUUUCCUAGACAUAACUACGCCACCGACGCAGCUUCUGCUGAAAAAACUCUCCCUGCUGGCUACAGACAUCACAGACAAAAGCAGGCUAGAAGAGUUAAGCAAGAAUUCAGAUGAAUACAAUCAGUGGAAGAACCAUAACUUUCCUAACUUCCUGGAGGUACUAGAAGAAUUUCCAUCCCUGCAUGUGCCUACAACAUUUGUGCUCACUCAGCUGCCACCACUGAAACCCAGAUACUACUCUAUCAGUUCCUCAAAUGAUAUGGUGCCUGGGGAGGUCCAUCUCACUGUUGCUGUUGUGAGCUACAUGACAAGAGGUGGCCAGGGCCCAUUACAUCAUGGCGUCUGCAGCACAUGGCUAAAUACUCUGAAAAUCAAUGAAACAGUUCCAUGCUUUAUUAGGAGCACAAACACAUUCCAUCUCCCAGAAAAUCCAUCACUUCCAUGUGUACUGAUUGGCCCAGGAACAGGAAUUUCUCCAUUCAGAGGAUUUUGGCAGCAGAGACUCUAUGACUUAGAAAAUAAAGGAAUAAGGCCUGGGUCUAUGAUAUUACUGUUUGGCUGCCAGCAAUCAGGAAUGGAUGAAAUUUAUGUCGACGAGACAACACACAUGAAGAGUAAAGGCAUACUGAAAGAUGUGUACACUGCGUAUUCCAGGCAGCCAGGACAAGCCAAGGUGUAUGUUCAAGAUAUUCUUAUAAAGAACUUGGAGAGUGAAGUGUGUCGGAUUUUGCUUGAAGAAGAAGGCCAUCUGUAUGUGUGUGGAAACUUUGACAUGGCAAAGGAUGUUGUUCAGACCCUCAAGCACAUGAUAGCCAAGAGACUGAGACUAAACGACGAAGAAACUGAGAGUUAUUUCUCUCAGCUGAAGAACAAAUUAAGAUAUCAUGAAGAUACAUUUGGGCCUGUGCAUAAGCCUCAACAAUCUACAAAUGGAAACCAUUCUCCCGUGGCUUUUAGUACACCAGACUAUACUGUACACCAUAGGAUUAAAAAUAUGGAGUAAUGGAAUGGGAAAUAGUACAGACUUAAUUCUGAGCACCUUCUUAUGCACUUUAGUCUUCCAUUCCAUCUUUAAGCUUAUAAUCAGUGUACAUUAGUAGCAUUGUAAGUCUGUUUUUCCCUUGGUGAAAAAUAGUUUAUAUACAAUAAUCGUGAUAUAUAUUAUAAUAAUGAAGUUCUGUGUAAUGUGACAAAGUUACAUGCUAUUGCACAGUGGAAGGGAAGCACUUCAGUGGUACUAAACCAAAUCCAUUCAAGUGGAUGUACCAAACUAAAAUCUUGAUUAUAAAAGGCCAAAUGUAGCACCUCCACACUUGUUUUUUUUAAUGUUGACCUUCAGGGCCGGAUUUCCCUGCUCACCGACUCAAGGCCUUCGGGUCAUAGCGCCCGCUGGGCGCGCAUACAUCUGCCCCCCGCCACAAGCGUGUGUAUUGCAUAGCACAAGGGAUCUCAGAGUUCCCAAUGUAGUUUGCCGCCCCUAAAAAUUCACCGCCCUAGGCCCGGGCCUUUGUUGCUUUGCCACAAAUCUGGGCCUAGUGACCUUAUCAGUGUUGGUUUUGGAGAUCUCUUCCUUAUAAAAGUUACAGAGGCGAGGAUCAGCCUUUGCUUAAGAAACACUUUCCCCAAGAAAUCCAACCAAGCCGACAGAUGCCAGCCUAUGACCAGAAAUUAAUAGUAUUGUACCAUAAGAGCUUUGUCUUGACAUGGUAGGUGGCCAGACAAUUUGAUGGUCAUAAACUUGCGCACACUGGAUUGUUGCUGGAAUUUGGGGCCAGGAAAUAUGCAUUGAUAAAUCCCUUAUUUUCUGUGUAUGUUUGAAGGAAAUUUGACCAGUUUAUUCCCAUUUCCAUGCUUUUACUUAAAUUAGGCUUGGAUUCUGAAAUGAUAAAAGAAGGAGACCUGAUUCUACUUUUUACUAUAAUUAAAGGUGUAACAUUUACUAGUUUCCUACAUACGUGUUCAAAAUAUUAUUGGAGGUGCUUUGUGUUCCCAUUGCCAACCAUUCUGGCGUGGUACCAAUAUGUAGCAGUUUUAUGGGAAUCCUGUGUUUCUGUCAGCUAUGAUAGCUGCUGUUUUUAAAAACCUAAUAUAUCAGGAACCCCUCAGAAUUUUUUUUAUUUCUUCUAGAUGGCUUUACUCGUGUAAGCUGACACUCAUCAGGGAUACACUUCUGGAAGGCCAAAAUGUGUCCGUUGACAGUUUCAGGGUGGAGGAAAUCUUUAGUCAGUCACCUUACACCCUAAAUCCAUUGAAAAAAUCUAUCUAUAAAAAUCCCCUGAAAAUGAUCUUUUUUUACCUAGACUCAGUGUCGGACUGGGACACCAGGGGCCCACCCAAACACCUUAGACCAGGG